AAAAGCAGCUCAGAAUCCAGACGAUGGCUCAGCAUGCGGUGGUGCUGAUGCUGGCGGUCGUCAUGGUGAUGGUGGAGAGGAACACGGGGCGAGUGAUGAGCGGUUCUAAGGUGUGUGAGGGCGGUCCCGAGCGGCCCUGCUAUAAGAUCGCCUACUUCCAUGACGUGUCGAGCCGUGUGGCAUUCGGUGAGGCCAGACGGGCCUGUGAGGUGGAGGGAGGGGAGCUGUUGAGCAUCGAGAGUCCAGCUGAGCAGACUCACGUGGAACAACUGCUAGAAGCUCUGCGUUCAGGAGCAGUGGGCGGACCCAGAGGGGGGGGAAUAUCAGAUGGUGAUUUCUGGAUCGGCUUGACUCGGGUGGGUGGAGUCGAGAACACCAUGACUCCCUGUUCAGAACUUUACCAAUGGACAGAUGGCAGCGUUGCCACCUUCAGGAACUGGUAUGUUGACGAACCCUCCUGCGGCAGCGAAGCCUGCGUGGUCAUGUACCACCAGCUGACUGCUCUUCCUGGUCUGGGCGGGGCUUAUCUCUACCAAUGGAACGACGACCGCUGCAACAUGAAGCACAACUUCAUAUGCAAGUAUGAGCCAGAGAGCCACCUGGAGAAGGAACACAGAGACACACCAGGAGGGCGGGGCACUGCAGUGACUGCAGGAGGCGUUGUGAUCACUCGGGCAGCAGGCAGCGAGGACGUCCCACCACAAGUUGCCAUGACAGCAGCUUCAGGCAUGCUGCUGCUGUACGUGGUGAUCCCGACCAUCCCGCUGCUGCUGCUCAUCCUGGUGGCUUCUGGGACGUGUUGUUUCCAGACAUUCAGCCGGAGUCGUCCUCGCACAAAGUCUACCGCCGACCAAUCAAACCUCUGGAUCUCCAGGACGCCCAAACCUGACAGCAUGGAGGUGUGACAUCAGAGCGAUGAUGUCACCAGACUUUUAUUUUGUUAACUGAGCUAGGGUUUCUUACUGCCUGUUGGAGUUUCGUUCUUCUCUGCUGAAGAUCCAUCAAAAAAAUAAAUACGACCUCUAGAAAUCAACU